GCUGGUUUUUAUUUAUUAAUUCGUUUUAGACCAAUAUUGGAUACUUAUAAUUGUGGUUGAUUUUUACUUUUAAUUGGUUGUAUAACUAUAUUUAUGGCUGGAUUGGGCGCUAAUUUUGAGUUUGAUUUAAAGAAGAUUAUUGCUCUUUCUACUUUAAGACAACUUGGUUUAAUAAUAAGAAUUUUGGCUAUAGGUUAUCCAAAGCUUGCAUUUUUUCAUUUAUUGGCUCAUGCUUUAUUUAAGGCAUUAUUAUUUAUAUGUGCAGGUUCAAUAAUUCAUAAUUUGAAGGAUUCUCAGAAUAUUCGUUUUAUAGGAUCAAUUGUUAAUUUCAUACCUUUAACUUCAGUUUGUUUUAAUGUUUCUAGUUUAUCUUUGUGUGGAAUACCUUUUUUAGCGGGAUUUUAUUCAAAGGAUUUAAUUCUUGAGAUGGUUUGUUUAAGAUGAAUUAAUUGUUUAAUUUUUUUUCUUUAUUUUUUUUCUACUGGUUUAACUGCUUCUUAUUCUUUUCGUUUGUUUUAUUAUUCAAUAUCUGGUGAUAAUAAUUUUUAUUCUAGAUUUUCUUUUGAUGAUAAGGGUUAUUAUAUUUCAUUUGGAAUAAUUGGUCUAUUGUUUGUUGCUGUUUUUGGUGGUAGUCUUUUAUCUUGAUUAAUUUUUCCUAUUCCUCAUGUGAUUGCUUUACCUUAUUAUUUAAAGUUUUU